AUGCCGCAUUGUCGGGUAUUCGAAACUCGGGAGAGUAUCUCUGCUCGAGAAAUAAUGAUGCUGCCCACGGUGACCGGUGACCCUCAGCCUCAGGCUGCGAUUUCCAUCCAACCAAUAUCAAAAAUAACAGCACCAGAACACACGGGCCACCCAACCGGCCUAGCUCCCGCACGCUCCACUGGAGUUACUGCUCUCAAUUAUACUCGCAAUACACAGACAGCAAACAAGGACUUUACCCGCCACGUCUACAGAACAAUCUGCCCUACGCAAAGCACUUCCGGUGUCUUGUCCGCCCUGACGCUCCCAACGGGAUUCAGAGCACGAAACGACCAGAAAGUUUGGGAAUCCGAAUUUCCGGCAGUCUCCGUCCGGCUGCGUGCGGAUCUGUCCGGCUUUUGCACGGCUGCAAAUGGCUUGGGCUUUUAUCCGCCCUAUUCCUCUAUCAAGAUUCAACACCAUGGCGACCACAUGCUUGCACGCCAGCAGACACCAGUGUCUACGCUGCUACCCCCAUGGUUCCCACGGUCCAUCAUUCAUGGCCUCGAGACACGCACUCUUGUAUCAGUGUUUGACCGUCAAGCCCCAGGACUUAUCACUCUAACCACACUCCUGUUCUUUUACCACCAUGGCUUCGGCGUUCUCGUUAUGGGUAUUCAAACGCUGCUCCUUAUUCUUUGGAGCCGGGAAAAACGUUUUCCUGCGCGCAUAUUCGUUCACACAUGGACAGCUAUACAGCGCACCUCCAAAAGUGCGAUGUCGGCGAGCUAUUUGCAAGAGAGGAAAAGGAAAAUACAACAGCAAACCUAG